ACUUUGUUAAGCACUGGAGGGAUUGUAAUUCUUCGUGUUUGUAUACACUGCGCAAAAGUGGAAACAAUAAUAAUGGAAUUAGCGGCCAUGGUACAAAGGAAGAGGUACGUCUCUGUCUUUCUUAUUUUUUCAACUAUAACAUCUGUGCUCGCUGUAACGCACUAUUCCAUUCCCGAAGAAAUGGAUGUAGGCUCGGUUGUGGCUAAUUUAGCUGCGGAUUUGGGACUGGACGUGAAAACGUUAAGUAAACGCAAGAUGAGACUUGACAUCAUCGCGAAUAAAAAAUACCUAGAGGUGAACAAAGAAACUGGCGAGUUGUACAUUUUAGAAAAGAUGGACAGGGAAUAUUUAUGUAGCAAGACUGCUACUGCGUGCAUUCUCAAGAUGGAGGUUAUCCUCGAUAAUCCGGUGCGCAUAUUUAAUAUUGAACUUGAAAUUUUAGACAUAAACGAUAAUUCUCCUAAUUUUCGAAGGGAUACAAUACAUUUAGAUAUAUCUGAGUCUACACCCGCUGGCGAACGUUUCUCCCUAAGCAAUGCCGUGGAUCUCGAUAUAGGGAGCAAUUCUAUCAAAACAUACAAUUUGGCAGAGAAUUCCGAUUUUGAUAUUGAGAUUCAGACAGGUCGAGAUGGCUCUAAAUUUGUAGAUUUGAUUUUAAAGAGGACUUUAGACCGGGAAGAGCAGGCUGUUCAUAAUCUGAUUCUAACUGCAGUAGACGGUGGUGUCCCAGCGCGCUCUGGCACAGCCAGCAUCAUUGUUCGUGUGCUUGACACUAACGACAACGCCCCUAAGUUUGACAAGGAGAGUUACACCAUCACUCUCCCCGAAAACUCUCCCAUAGGCAGCCUGGUUGUUAAACUGAAUGCAACAGAUUCAGAUGAGGGAAGUAAUGCGGAUAUUACGUACUCAUUCAGUCUCUACACUUCUGAGAAAACACAAGAGGCAUUUAGUUUGAAUCAAAAUAAUGGCGAAAUUAGGGUUAAAGAAAUGAUCAAUUACGAAGAUUUCAGAAUUUAUGACAUGGAAGUCAUUGCAAAGGAUAAAGGGACACAUUCUCUAUCAGGCCAAUGUAAAAUAACUAUUUUGAUUACAGAUAUGAAUGACAACCAUCCUGAGAUAUCAAUUAAGUCUUUCCAGAGUCCUAUUAAAGAGAACGUGGCCACCGAUACCGUUAUUGCGGUAGUGAGUGUUAGCGAUAAAGACUCUGGGGACAAUGGUGUAGUUGACCUCCACGUCCCUAAGAACCUGCCCUUUACAUUAAGGGAAUCUUCAGAUAAUUAUUACGAGCUGAUUGUGUCAGAGCCAUUGGAUCGAGAAAAAGUCCCUGAAUAUGAUAUCACUUUUACAGUGAUAGAUAGAGGCUCUCCGCCCUUAUCAGAUAAUGAAACUAUUACAUUAGAACUGCUAGAUGUUAAUGACAACGUGCCUCAGUUCCCACAAUCAUUCUACACCAUACCGGUAAUGGAGAAUAACGCCCCAGGGGCGUUGUUGAGCUCACUUUCAGCAUUUGAUCCAGAUCUCCAUGAAAACCAAUAUCUAGUUUAUUUCAUAAUAGAGAAAGAAAUCGCGAACACGUCCAUGUCCAUGCUGUUCUCCAUUAACCCCGAGAAUGGGAACCUUUACGCGUUAAAGACAUUUGACUAUGAGAUAGAGAAAGAGUUUCUUUUUCACAUCGAGGCCAGAGAUUCAGGCGUUCCUCCACUGAGCAGUAACGUGACAGUUCACAUCAUUAUCAUGGACCAGAAUGACAACACUCCAGUAAUCGUCUCUCCAUGGCGAGCGCACGGCUCAGUGGUCGAAGAGAAGAUUCCAAGAUCCACUGAUAAGGGAUCUCUUGUGUCCAAGGUGAUCGCCAUUGAUACGGAUUCCGUGCAUAACUCGAGAAUAACUUAUCAGUUUCUACAGAAUACGGACGCUACUUUAUUCAGCCUUGAUCAAUAUAAUGGAGAAAUACGCACCAUGAGGAUGUUCAGCUACAGAGACGCGCGUCACCAGCGCCUAGUGGUGAUCGCCAAGGACAACGGAGAGCCUGCGCUCUCUGCCACCGUGACCAUCAAGCUCUCCACGAUAGAGACCGCUCUGAAAUCCUACGCUGACUUGACUGAAGUACCUUUGGAAUAUGACAUCUUUUCGGACUUGAAUCUUUAUCUGGUGAUUGGACUGGGCUCAGUGUCAUUUCUGUUGCUCAUCACCAUACUGGUUACCAUCGUAAUAAAGUGCCAGAAACCCAAACACAGCAAAGCAGCUCCUCCCAGUAGGAACAGUGUGGCCAGUGACAGGAACUCAGCCUUCGCAGAUUCCACACUCGUCUCCAAUGACGCAUACUGGUACAGCAUGUUCCUAGCGGAGACGCGUAAAGGGAAGCUGGUUGUGAGACAGCCGGCGCCAAAAGGAUCGCGGUACAUCGUGUCCAGUCUACCCAGAGGGACAGGAAUUUCACAGACCAGCGAUUCAGCUGCAUCUACACUGCAGGUGAGAGUUGUUUUCCUUCAUCUACAUGUGCAACACAUGCACUUGUCUUUACAUCCAAAUGGCAUCCAUUCGUUGCAUUAUUGA